AUGAAGGGAGACCCGAUAGGCCAGAGUCUACGAGAGGUGGUAACGGGAACAGGUGCAGCAGCGCAAGUUGCAGAAAACGACAAAAAUAAGGGGCUGCGCAGGAAAGGGAAAGCAGAAGCAGCAGCAGUAGUGGCAGAGGGGUGGAAGGAACAGGAGGAGUGGGGGGAGUGGGAGGAGGAGGAGGAGGAGGAGGAGGAGGAGGAGGAGGAGGAGGAGGAGGAGGAGGAGGAGGAGGAGGAGGAGGAGGAGGAGGAGGAGGAGGUGGAGGGAGGAGUGGCAGCAAAGCAGGACUAA